AUGAAUAGGCUGUGUGCCCGAUUCACAUCACUCCCUGCUGUGAGGAGUGUUGUUUCGUUGGCUCGGCAACCUUCUUACUUUGGAAUCUGCAAUAACUUUUCUCUAGGAAUUAUGAAACCUUCAAUACCAGUCAAAAACAAUGUUAUCAAACCUGUAGAAAGACCAAACAAAAUUGUAGUUUUGAAUUUUAGUGAAUCAUCGAAUUUGGUAUCUGGAGUGAUUCCUAAGAACAAACCAAUGAGACCAAUCAUUAUUGACACAUUCAAAAUGGACAGUGUAAAAAGGAAAAGACACAGAAAGAUGAAGAAACACAAGUACAGAAAAAGAUUGAAGAAGACAAGAAGUUUGAGAAAGAGAUUGGGUAAGAGAUAA